CUGAUCCCCCCCCAAUCGGGGAGGGGGCGGAGGAAAGGCCGAGGGGCCGGGGUCGCGUCUCCUCGCAGGCCUCUUCCGUCCUUCCGCCAUCCCUCCUCCGUCCAACCGGGCCGAAAAUUAGGGCCGCCGUGGGAGGAAAGAGCCCCUUCCCCCUCUGUCGGGCGGUUGGUACAGUCCGGCAACGAUCCUGAAGUACGUUGUUUUCGAGUGGCAUCUUGUUCCUGCAGCCCCUCAGGUCCCAGAAACUUGUUUCUGAAGAAGUGCCAGAAAAACUGCUCACCCAGAAUAGGUGCCCUGCGUUGGAGAACUCAGAGUUACCACAGGGGCACUGGAGAAUGUGAUGGUUUAAAGGAGUGUUUCCAUGAAUCCAGGAGACCCAAGAACCCUGACUGUCAAGAGAAGUUCCACAUGACUGUCCCACCGUUUAGUGAUAACCAAGCUCCAAAUCAGAGUUCCCUUUCUUACAAGGCCUCAUGGGUCUCACAAGCUUCUCACCACUUUGGCCAUGGCAGCGAUGAAACGCAAGCGUGUCGUGUUGACGAUCCAGGAGAAGCUGGAAAUCAUUGAGAAGCUGGAAAAGGGCGGCAACACGAGGCAGCUGUCCAUAAUGUACGGGAUCGGCGAACAGACAGUCCGCGACUUAAAGAAACGGAAGGCCCAGCUGCUCUCGUACGCCAACAGCUCCGGCUCGGCCACCCUGUUGGCCAGGCGUAAAUCCAUGAAGCAGUCAACGUACAAGGAACUGGACCGAGCCAUGUUGGAGUGGUUCAACCAGCAGCGUGCCGAAGGGACUCCCGUAUCUGGAAUCAUCUGCGCCAAGCAGGCGAAGGCAUUCUUCAACGCCCUGGGCAUGGAGGGUGACUUCAACGCCUCGACGGGGUGGCUCACCCGGUUUAAGCAGCGGCACGGCAUCCGGGAGCUGAACUACCAGGGCGAGAAGUCCAACGGGGACCGGUCGGCCGCGGCCGACUUCCGCGAAGAUUUCGAGGAGUUCACCGAGAGCGAGCACCUGCAGCCCGAGCAGAUCUACAACGCGGACGAGACCGGGCUGUACUGGAAGUCGUUGCCGGCCAGGACCCUGGCCUUUGAGAAUGAACGGCCCGUUGCGGUCCACAAGCUGAGCAGGGAGAGGCUGACGGUCCUGUGCUGCGUCAACGCCACAGGCUCCCACAAGCUGAAGCUGUGCCUGGUGGGCAAGGCCGAGCACCUCCGCCUGCUCCGAGAGGCCAAUCCGCUCGACGGGUCCGUAGACUGCUUCAGCCACAAGGAAGCGUGGAUGGACUGCUCCAUCUUCAAAGAGUGGUUCGACAAGAAAUUCGUCCCGCAGGUCCGGGAGCACCUGCGCUCCAAGGGCCUGCCCGAGCGGGCCGUCCUGCUGCUCGACUACGCCCCGUCCAAGCCCAACGAGGGGCUUCUCAAGUCCGAGGACGGCAACAUCUUCGUCAAGUACCUGCCGCCCAACGUGGCGGCCCUCAUUCAGCCCAUGGACCAGGGGGUGAUCGCCUGCAUGAAGAGACACUACCGGACGGGGUUGUUACGGAAACACAUGCAGGAAGGACGUGACAUCAAGUCAUUCUGGAAUAACCUGACGGCCCAGGACGCCAUCACGGAAGCCACCAGGGCCUGGAACCUGGUGAAGCCCGUGACCAUCAUCAGGUCGUGGCGCAAGAUCAUCACCGACCCGGACGACGAAGGGAUCUCCACCGCUGUUGCCGGUCUGGGGGCGGUGGGUGGGCCGCCGUCCAGGGGUCCCAGAAAGGCCGGCUCCGCGACCCGAGAGGAGGGGAGAGGGGCCGGGUACCGCACGGUGGGCGGCCAGCUGCUCCGGGCCGAGGAGAUCGUGUCCCGCACCCAGGAAAUCAAGGUGGAGCUGAACGAGAGUGACGGGGAGGAGCGGGAGCUUGGCCCCGAGGGGCACGUUAGCCACAGUGCCGCGCUGAACUACGUGGAGAUCCUGUUGGACUAUUUGGAGCAGCAGGAUGACGCUCUGAUGACUGAUAAGCUUGUUCUCCACCGGCUGCGCACCAACAUCAGGAAGAAGGAGAGCCAGUCCAUGGAGAGGGCGGCCAUGACGGAUUUCUUGGCCAGCGAGUAGAGGCACGGCCCGGGCCGUCCGACUCGAGACGCGAGUCGAUAUUUAUGACCUCCUCCCCCGUGUGCUUUUAUGGAAAGUAAACCUACUACGUGUGUCCCGGUAGCCCAGUUUCCUCGGUGCAGUGUAAUCCGUUUCAAAUCAACUCGGUUGGCUGCGGUACAGUUUUUGGUAGGCCUUCCUCGGAGUCCUUUUUGCUUUAUCUGGGCUAGGUGUUCCGAAUGGACGUCUCGAGCCGGGGGCCUGGGCUGAGGAAUCGAGGACGUACUCCUCCAGACCAGAGGGGUUACUAAGCCAGGUGAGGCUGCUGAUGCUUUGGAAAGUGGGAUCCUUCUAGUCAGAGCGGCCUUGGAGAAGUUGUGGGGAAGCAGCUACCCCUCCAAAGACCGGCUGACAUGCAACACGUAAUGCUCUCUGGUUAGGGCCGGGUGGGGGAAAUAGGAAAAAAAAAAAGGCAGGUAGAGGCUGGCCAGGCUCAAAUUCAACAGAAAAACUCUUCACAAAAAACAGACUAAAUGAACCAACGAUGUUGGCACUGUUAUGUGGGCGUGGAUACGUGAGCCUGAGUGACGCGUGAAAGGAGGAAGUCAUCCCUCCAUCACUCUCACAUUCACCGGGCCCUCGGGAGAGUUCCGUUUCUCCUCCCGACCACCGCACCUUAUAGAGGUGUAGAGAAUCCGGAGAGGAUGCUGAAAAGGGGACAGAAGGGAAUGGGAGAAAGUAGGUCUAUGAAGAGGGGGAGUGGCGGGGUUGGGAUCGCCAAGCCCGCAGGGUUGAGUCCCUCAAGGACGGGAAAGGUUGAUUUGAGAAAGACGGUUGACUGGUUUUCCAAAUCCACCUAGUUCCAGACGAUAAGGAGGGGCUGCAGUUCAUUGGGAGAGAGCUCAGUUGGACGUGAGGAACAGCUUAUUGACUAAGAGGAAAAAACAGGCCAGUAGGAGAGGCCGUGGGAGCUUAUGUCCCUGGCGGCCUCUCAAGACCCGACUGAUGAGCCUUGUACCUGAGACGCUGGGGCCGAAGACUUGUGCAGAGGAACUGAUUCUAGUGCUAGGGGUUUGCACGGAGGAACUGAUUCUAGUGCUUAGAGAUUUGUGUGGUGCAACUCAUGCUCUCUCGCUCCUGCUCCUCGUGUUACCACCAGGGCAUGGGGAGCAGUGAGAAAUGAAGCAGAGGAAAAGCUUCCAUCUGUUCUGGGUAGUUUAGUCUCUCACUUGCCUCGAGGCAGAGGGCUGGACUGGCUGAGCUCUUGAAGUCCCUCUCCAGCUCUUUCAUCCAUUCAUUCAAUCGUAUUUAUUGAGCACUUACUGUGUGCAGAGCACCGUACUAAGCGCUUGGGAAGUACAAGUUGGAUUCUCUCUGUCCUUCUCAUGCGCCUACCUUUAUUUCUGCUCUACCACACUGCUUAGAUUGUUGUAGCCACAGAGCUCAGCCUGUUCUUCCCUCUCCCAGUCUGGACAUCAGGGUGGCCAGCUGAGUCACAAGCUCCACCCGGGGACCCUCUGGCUAAACUUUACCAUCUUAGGAGACAGAGGAUAAUUACUUCUGUUGACCAUUCGUUUCUCAAAUAUUGGCGAUUUUUGACAAUGCCGAUUAUUAACAACUGAUGUCUUAGCCUAGUCAAAGGAACACCCCAACAUUGCUGCAUAUACUAAAUAACUAGCACACCCCUGAAUUUAGCUGUGUAUAUGCCCAGCACAAGUAACAAUAUGUGCUGAGCACCUAAUGCUGGGCUUAUUUAUUUUUCUACCUGUACCUCCAGAAGAGAGAGGGAGUGAGAAAAAGACAGGCACUGAACUACAGCAGGUGUUGUGAAGACACAAGAUCACUGGGGUGGGGUGUGUGUGUGUGUGUCUGUCUGUCUGUCUUUUGGGGCAAGAGACAGCACCUCCUCACCCACCAAAGGGAAUCCCUUUUUUCAGACCGUUCCCUCCAUAUAAAGGGCAGGAGGGACUGAAGAUAUUUUCAGUCUUCUCCCUGAAGCCCACUGAGGAAAGUUGGUGUAUGAAUUUUUAUUUAGUAAGAGUGAUUCUAAAAGAAAGAAGUUUCUUCUCUUCCCCUUGGCAGCAUUUUAGACCCUCGAGUAAUGAAACAGCCUAGGAAGGGGUGAUAAUGAAGAGUCUUACAUAGCAUUGGGGCAGACUAGAUGAUUCUGAUGGAACAGCUCUCUGAAAGUCCAAAGCCCUGCAAAUGUCCCUCAGCUGCUGAAAGCCACAAGUGAGCACCAGUGAGGUAGAGUAGGUUAUAAUUAUAGUAUCUGUUAAGCGCUUACUGUAUACCAGGCACUGUACUAAGCACUGGGGAAGAU